CCGGAAAUUACAGCACAGCACCUAGACAUUUUGGAAACAAACCCAGUAAAAGGGGAAUCAAACCCAGCUCAUUGGGACGAGCUACCAGCAGCAUUGACACUCGCCGAUUUGGAACAACAAGCAUCGGACCUAUCGAAACAUCAAAAAUCCAUACGAAACAUCCAAAUCACGCACUUCUCAUCAAUAGGAAUUGUCAUGCUCAUAACAAUCACUUCAGGUGUAAUAAUUUUUAUUAAGUACAAAACCCGGUCAAAAUAAGAAAACCCAGAAGAAACAAAUAAAAUAAAAAUAAAUAUGCCCAGUACAUCAGAACUUUAUGCUGAACCGAAAUUCCCUAGACCUUGUGCAACAAUCUUCUAAGACGCACCCCCGCAGCACACCCACCGAACUACUCCGCGUCAAGAGUGGGUGUAACUAGGGCGCUCGACCUAUAUAAGGAGGAGCCUUGGACUCCAAGAUCAGUCAAAAGCCAAAUGAAAAAAUCAGUCGAAGUUCAAACCGUCCCAACCGAAGAAAUGCAGAAGAUAAACACACAUCUACCACUGCAGGACUGCCGCUGCAUCACCCUGAAAGCGGUCGACUUCCAUGAAGUGUGGGUGGUUGAGGAGACAAGCCGUGAGGCGUGGACAAACUUCCUCAUACGUUACAACCACCACAUGGAGUCGAGGAAACAUACACUUCUACCUACCACCGCGAGUCUAAAACCAGGAAGACUCGUGGCGGUCAAGAUCGGCAGCAGAUGGCAACGCGCAGUCCUCCAGGAGGUAGCGGGCACCUGUUACAAGGUAUUCCUGGGGGACUAUGGCGAAGAGAAAGCCGUCACCAAGGUAUGGAGCCUCCCGCCGCGUUUCUGUGACCUGCCGUGGCAGGCCAUAAAAAUACGCAUCCGAGGCAUCGAACCACAACCAACAACAUCAAAAGCCGUAGCGGCGGCGGUGAUGGACAACAGGAGGGGAAAAAUCACCAAUAUCGGUGCAGCCAGGGAUGGUCUCGUGGCAGACCUCUUGUUGGACCGUCAACCAGGACAACCACCCGUCGACAUGGCAAAACAUUGGCUUGCCACUAACUACCCGGUGGCAGACAUCACACCAACCGGACUCUGACGACAUCACACCCAUCGAACAUCAACAUCCAAUAGAGAUAAGUACACAAACAACACUACACUACACCCGACACUAUCACAUAUGCGUAACAGCUCGCUUCUAAGGUGAAAGCAUCACGCGAACCGCGAUGUUUCAUCUUGGGAGAUGUUACGUAUACAGAAACUCUCCGUUUUUAGAAGCUCGCGUUUAUUAAUCUUAUUUUAUCUACCCUUCUGGAAUUUGGAGCUCGGUCUCACGGGAGUGCAUCCUGCAGCUGCAUUCUCUUAAUAUCAUCUUUGACUCGCGGUUCGUGGGAUAGUUUCUAAUCUACCCU